AUGAUCUGGAGAUUUGUAUUACCAGUGAUACUGCUUCUGUCGCUGGCUUCCGGCUAUAACUACUGCAACAACAAGACCCAUAGAUGUAUCGUGAAGAACAGGGAGCACUUCAUGUGCCGACUGGAGAAGUUCCCUGCUUACGGAGGCAAGACCAAGUUUCAUGAAAUCGUUCCGGACACCUCCAAUUUUCAAGAAAUGGUACUGGAUUUGCUGAACAGUAUGCGAAACCGUUUUGCAAGCGGAGAACUGAUAACGAGUGCGAAUAAAACCUUUGCGAAGGCCCGGCGGAUGCGCAAGCUCAUCUGGGACAAGGAACUGGGGUACUUGGCGCGCAGCCAUGCGUCCACGGUGUCCUUCAUGCGCACGGAGUGCCGCUCCACCCAGCGGUUCCCCCACGUGGGUGAAACUCCUGCUGUGGUGAUCGCAAAGAAAGAGAUGGAUAUAAAGCAGAUAUGUGAAAAAGCGUUCAAAACGAUGUUCGACGAAUAUCUGAAUGUUACGGAUCCGUUUGGCCUCCUCCAUGCCUUCGAUGCCGUCAGGGACUACUACGUGGGCCACUUCACCACCAUUAUCUCUGAUCGAGCCUCGCGCGUGGGAUGUGGGGUUGCCGUGGGCUCCAACUGCUUAGCGACUAACCAAUUCUGUUACUUUGUGACCUGCUACUUCGACUUUAAUAAUAUACAGAGCUCGUAUGUCUAUAAGUCGGGUGACCCUGGGUCAUCCUGUGACGAUUGGGGCGUACAUGGCAGCGAUAAAUAUCCCUUUCUGUGCAAAAACAAUGGCCAGAUUUAUCCCCACGAUCACGGCCACAAAUGGUAAAAGUCCUUUGUGAGGUGUUAAUAUAUUCGUAAAUUUAUAUAUUUUCGUAUGCUCUCGCCUAAGGGUUCUGAAGCACAGGAGACCAACUUUGAAUACCCAGAACCUAGAACCCAAAAUACAAUCCUUACAAUUCCUA